AUGACAGAUACAAAAAAUUCAAAAAAAGAUGGAAAAAUGGAGACACGUGACGUUGUUUCUGUUCUUACAAAGCAUAAUAAUAAAACGUUGUCACGGGAAAAGAAACUUAAUCAAGUAUUGAUGAAAAAGUUUCAUAAACAAGUAAACAAAUUUAAAAUAACUCCAAAAAUAUCUAGUCACACAAUUAUUUCCAAUAGAAGUCACCCGCUUCGUAGCUCAACUCGAUAUGUAAUAAUGAAUUCGGACCGAUCUAAAGCUAAGCAAAAUGAAUCUAACACUGACCAUUUGCAAUCUUUGUUUAUUAUUCCAGAGCAUUUUCAAAUUAAUCAAAGGGAAAAAAAACUUAGUUCAGAUUUUACAUCAACUAAAUCUGUUUUUCGCAACAAUAUUCGAGGAGAUUUGAUAAGCGAAGCUCGUCUUAUGUUUAUGCCCAAAAAAUACAAUUCUCCAGAGGAUAAAACUAUUAUUAAUAAUCGUUUGUUACCAAACAAAAGAAAGAAAAUCGGAGGUAUUUUCGUUGACAAUGUGUACAAAGAUUUAGUUAAUGGAAAUGCUGCAAGCUUAAAUUUACCAACAUCAAAGUCAUAUCACCAAAACACACCACAAUUUUUUGGUAAAAAUUUUUCUGGAGAAGUAAGCCAUAUUCCUUCACUAGAAAAAACAUUUAUUGCCAAUAAAAAUAUCAGUCGCUUGAAAAUAUCUAAUGAAAAAGGAAAUGAAAAAUUGUCUAUUUCAGAAAAUGAAGACGAGAAUUUAUUUUCUAAUGUAGAGUUAAAUGUUAUUUACGGAGAUAGAGAAAGCAAAAAUAAGGUGAUAUCUAAUAUGACAAAAAGCCCUUAUAAUAUAAAAAUAUGGAACUUUACCAAUUCAAAAUUGAGUAACGUAAUUUUGAGCCAUAAUCAGAAUAGAAAUACUGGUCCUUCUUUUCGAAGAAAUAAAAGUUCGAUAUCGACCACAACUUACGGCGAAGGAGGCAAAACAGUUACUUACACUACUGAAACAAAAAAUGGUAAAACAAAAAUGACAAAAACAGUUAGCUUUGAAGACGAUGACGAUGAUGAUUUUUGGACAAACGGAAAAAAGAAAAAAAAGAAGUACGACACAAAUAUGUAUGACGAUGAUAAACAGCACGAUUUUUUAAUUGACGUUAACGAUUAUAACGGUAAUAAAAAUGUUUUAGAUAUAAGUGAUAAGGCUUUGCAUUCUGGAAAAAUAUCAAAUUAUAACCCAAAAUAUAAAGCAAAAUUACAAUCAAAAGAUAUGCCUGAUACAAUGAAAACUGUUUCCAUAGACAGCUUUAACAAGAACAAACCUAACACUACUAUUACUGCCAAUACAUCUGGAUCUAAUGCAGUUAUUGGAGGCAAAAAUGAAAACAAUAUCAAUUACAACUACGUUGAUAACGGUGUAAACUCUAUGAAGUUUACCCCAAGUAGUCAAAGUUCCAUUAGUAAUCCUUCCGAAGAAAAAAACGCUGAGAUAAUUCCUUCACCAAUUAUUAGCCAAUCAAUGGGUAGUACUUCUAGCAUAGUUCAACCAGCAUUGUUAAAGCCAAGUGGAUUAGUAUUGAAUCAUUAUGUAACUUCAUCACCUAUUAACAAUCUUGGUUUUACUUCAUUAGAAAUAAAUAAACUUGGUUUAACUGCAUCGCCAAUAAACAACCCUGGUUUAACUUCAUCAAAAAUGAACAACCCUGGUUUAACUUCAUUACCAAUUAACAAUCCUGUUUUAGCUUCUUCAAUAUCUCCAGAUUUUACUUCGUCGACUAAAUACAAUCCUAGUGUAACAUUUGUGAAGAGCCCAGCAUUUUCUGAAGCUUCGAUGAACAACCCUGCACCUGUGUUAGAACAAAAUUUACCGAUUCUGAAUUCUAACUCAUUGCCUCACCAACAAAACCAAAUAUUUCAAUCUCAAAUUCCCUAUAAUCAACAUGACAUUCCCAAUGUUAACUCUGAAAGCCAGGUUAUUUCUAGCGUUUUACAUCCUUGUAAUGAAAAACCUGUUUAUCAAAAUCACGUUCAACCACUGGAGCAAUUAAUACAAACCCAAUCUCAAAAUACCAAUCAACAGCCAUACACUGGUCAUCAGGGUUUUGUUAAUUCAUCUUGUCAUACUCUUGAUAUCACUAAAAUUAAUCUUCCAAACAACAUACAACCAUUUUUGAGAAAUGAUAAAGUAAAAGUUGAUAGAGUAAUAAAUCUAAUUGAAGUAUCAAAUACACCGAAAAAUAAGCAGUCACUGAGUGCAAAAUCGUCAGGACUUCGUGUAGAAAGUACAAAAAAUCAACGUCAAAAUAAUAAGACAUAUUUUGAUGAUGGAAUAUUAACAAUUGAGGAAGAAAGCAUUGCACCAAAUUCAAAUAUACUUUUAUUUAAAAAGCUCAUUAACAAUUUUGAGAAUGGGAAUAAUCAUCAAGCCGAAAGCGACAAACUUUCUGGGAAUAAGCAUCAAACCGAAAGCGAUAAAUUUUCUGGCAAUUACAACGACAAAGAAAGAUUUGCGGUUGUUAAAUAUCAUGAUCGUGUUUUUAAAGAAGUAAAUCCGCCCAAUAUUGAAUCUUCAUUAUCUGAUAUUGAAUAUGACAAAUCAAGCAGAUCAGGUAAUGGUAUAAACUCAAGUAAAAGAGAAAAAAAUGCAAAAGGUCGUUUGAAACAAGCAGAUCGUUUAAAACGGCCUUUAAAUCGAUUUGAAACAAGUGUUUCACUGCCAAUAACAACAAAGUUUAUGUCUCAAAUUUCUUUUAAAAAUGACUUUAAAAUGGUGAAGUUAAAAAACAGUUCUUUAAAGCAUAAAGGAAAUGAAACGGAAGGACAGGAAAAUACAUUUUAUAAAAAUGGUACACGGAAGACUAGUAAAUUUCAUAAUUUAAAACAACCAAUUACUAACAAGCUAAUUCUUCAAAUGUCUCGAUUUAAAAAAAGCACUCUUGAUACGAGUCGUAAGCACGCCAUUUUUAGUAUCAAUAAAGGUGACGAUAUCCCUCGCUACACUCGUUUUGAUAAUUCGAAAAAUUCAAAAAGAAGAAAUGAACAGGUACCAAGAUAUAAUUCUUCUAAAGAUUUAGCUAAGAAAUUUUUAUCUGAAACCAUGGUAAAAAGAGGUCAUGUACUAAUGAAAUAG